AUGGCAGGACAAAGGGAUUUACUUGCUGUGUCUGUGCUGCUGGCUAUCCUGAUUCCUUCAAUAGUAUUCCUAGGAUUUCCGACUAGUUUGAUCAAUCGAGUUCUGCUCGAUGAGAAACCACAUAGAUUGAGACCCAUGUCAUUUGAAGGACAUCAGCUAUGGACACUAGACAUUCAGGAUAAAUCGAGGGCUGAAAAACUAUGGGAAAUCUCUGAAGAAUUACUAUUGGAUGUCUGGACUCCACUACGCCCUGGUAGCGUCGAUAUUCGUGUCUCUCCUGAACAAAGUGUUGCCUUGUCAGACGAGCUGGCCAUUCUCGACAUUCCAUACUCGAUCACACACAAAGAUCUGCAACUCCUCAUCGAUUCGGACGAAGGAACUGCCUCAUCUGGUCAGCAUGUCAUUGGAGUGGAAACGGUCAACUUUUUUGAAAACUAUCACACUUUGGAUGAGAUCCAGACCUAUCUGGACAUGCUCGUGAAGGAAUAUCCAGAUCUAGUAUCACAUAUAAAACUUGAUGGAAAGUCGUAUGAGAAGAGGGAUAUUACUGGUAUCAAGAUAUCAUUAAAGUCUGGAGACGAUGCCAAGGACAAGGACAAGCCCGCGUUUGUCUUUCAUGGUGGAAUUCAUGCUCGUGAAUGGAUUUCUCCUGCUACAGUUCUGUAUAUGGCCACACAACUAAUCACACAAUCUGCCAAAGACAAAAGUGUCAAGAGCGUAUUGGAAAAGCUUGAGUUUCACAUAUUUCCAGUACUCAACGUUGAUGGCUUUGUGUAUACUCAUACCUCAAACCGGAUGUGGAGAAAGAAUCGUCAGCCAAACCCAGGAUCCAUGUGCCCAGGCACAGACCCCAAUCGAAACUGGGCGUUUGAAUGGGGAACUGGUGGUUCUUCCAAGAAUCCAUGUUCGGAAGCGUAUAUGGGGCCGUCUGCUUUCAGCGCACCAGAACCUUUGGCAAUGGCAGACUAUGUCAAGGAUCGAUCACCAAAUGUCAUUGGAUAUAUCGACUUUCAUGCCUUUAGUCAGCUUUUUAUGUAUCCUUAUGGCUCUGACUGCGAUGCUACGCCUAAAGACAAAAAGAAAUUGCAAGCUGGUGGCGAUGCUGCUGCUAAAGCUAUCAAAGCUACUCAUGGCACUUCAUAUGCCGUUGGGUCGAUUUGUAACAUUAUCUACCAGGCCAGUGGAUCUUCUACAGACUAUAUGUACGCAAUGGGCAAUGUGACCUAUUCAUAUGCCGUGGAACUUCGAGACACAGGACGAUAUGGCUUCUUGCUACCCAAGACUCAGAUCAUUCCCUCAGGCGAGGAAACGUUCGCAGGAUUGCUUUCUCUUACUGAAUAUCUCAUCAAGGCUGAGGAUUUAUAA